CCUCUGUCUCUCUCUCUCUCUGUCUCUCUGUCUGUCUCGCGCGCGCGCGGUUCUCUUUCAGGAAAAACUCUCAGUCUGCUUCUCAUCAGAAAACAACAGGGCAGCACAAAAUUGACCCAGCUCUCUCUCACAAAACGAUCUGCCCACAUUUUUUUGAACCCCAAACCGUGGCUCAAUCACCUGUGAGGAAGAACGGAAAUCUGAGAACAUCGAUCAACAACGGAUAUCGGUACCCAAAAUAUGGUUCACACAAAGCAGGUGGAAAACAAAAAAAAUAGGAUACUAUUCUAGAGGUGAUAUUCUUGCAUGUAGCUUAUAAACUAGGAAGCACUGACUCUUCAUUUUGGGUGCCAUACUCGUGUUGCAACAGUGUCCUAUCUGCCGUGACAUGUUAUAAUUUUUCAAAAAUUGCUCGUCACUGUAUCAUACCCGUGUCCCAGUGUCCGUGUCCAUGCAUCCUAGCUUAUAAUUAGCUGAAACUUAACUGUCACAUAUUCUAACCUAUCACGUAAGCUUAUGCCUAAGUCUAAGUCCAAGAACCACUCAUAUGUCCUUUCUUCCAAGACUAAUUUGUCUCUCCCUCUUAAACCUAAACAAACCCAAAACCGCACACCACCUCAACCAAAUCCAUGCCCAGUUAAUUACGAACAGCCUCAAGUCACCUCCUCUUUUUGCCAAACUUAUUGACCAAUACUGUGCCGUUUCAUUAUCCUCUCAUGCUCAUUUAGUAUUCAAACACUUUGGCCAGUCAAACCUAUUCCUCUUAAACACUUUGAUACGCUGUACUCAGCCUAAAAACUCACUUCUUGUUUUUGCCCAUUGGUUUUCAAAGGGAGACUUAGUUUUCAAUGAUUUUACUUAUGUUUUCAUUUUUGGAGCUUGUGCUAGGGCUUCAUCAUUAGCAACAUUGUGGGAAGGGAGAGAAAUACAUGGACAAGUUUUGAAACAUGGCGUUAUGUCAAAUAUUUUGGUGCAAACCACAAUGAUACAUUUUUAUGCUAAUAAUAAGGAUGUUUUUUCAGCACGAAGAGUGUUUGAUGAAAUGGUUGUGAGAAGUAAUGUUACAUGGAAUGCAAUGUUUACUGGUUAUUGUACACAAAGAGAAAGGACUAAGGAAUAUGCCCGUGAUGCAUUAGUGUUGUUUCAAGACAUGAUGACUGGUGUUUGUGGAGUGAAACCGACCGAUACUACAAUGGUUUGUGUUCUUUCUAUGGCUUCUCAAUUAGGUGUGUUAGAAUCUGGGGCUUGUGUUCAUGGCUAUAUAGAGAAGACAGUUUGUGUGCCUGAGAAUGAUGUUUUUAUUGGUACUGGUUUAGUUGAUAUGUAUGCAAAAUGUGGGUGCCUUGAGAGUGCUUUAUCUGUUUUUUGGCAAAUGAAUGAGAGAAAUGUGUUGACUUGGACAGCAAUGUCGACUGGACUAGCUAUCCAUGGGAGAGCAAAGGAAGCUUUGGAACUUUUGGAUUCAAUGGGGGCUUCUGGCAUUAAACCCAAUGUAGUUACUUUUACAAGCUUGUUAUCGGCUUGUUGCCAUGUAGGGCUUGUUGAAGAAGGUCUACAUUUGUUUGAUAAGAUGAGGAAUAAAUUUGGUGUCUUUCCUGUGAUGCAACAUUAUGGCUGCAUGGUUGAUCUUCUUGGUCGUGCUGGACACUUGAAAGAAGCAUAUGAGUUUAUAAUGGGGAUGCAAAUUGAACCAGAUGCCAUAAUAUGGAGGAGUUUGCUAAGUUCUUGUAAAGUUCAUGGGGAUGUCAUAAUGGGUGAGAAGGUGGGGAAGCUUCUCCUCCAGCUACAGCCUGAGAAGAGUGAUGCAAAUUUGACUGUUAGGAGUGAAGACUUUGUAGCUUUGUCAAAUGUUUAUGCUACAGCAGAACGGUGGGGUGAAGUGGAGAUUGUGAGAAAGGAGAUGAAGGUUAAGGGGAUAGAUAACAAACCUGGUUGUAGUUCAGUACAAUCCAUGAACAAUUAUGUUUUAGAUGCAUGGUAGGUCUUGAACUUGGUAUACAGUGGAUGAUUGGAAAAUGGAAGUAGUGAAAAGAAUUCAAGAGUUAGUGCCUAAAUGAAAUAUCCAGUUAGAAGAAAUUAUUGAAAUGAAAAUCUAACUCAAUUGUCAGAAGGGAAAAGGUUGCUAAAGAAGAUCAACAUGACCUCAACAAAGUUUUCAUUCAACUUACACGAGUUUCUGACUAAGCAGGUGAACUUUAUAUGGUUUAAAUAUCCUCCUCUUAUUAUUGUGGAUGUACCAAAUUUGGUGUGUAUUAGGGUUUAUCUUUGCAAUCAAUGUGCCCUGUGUAACCUUGAUCCAUGGCUAGUGAGUGACCUUGCAUGGCCUUUGUGACAAUUCUGUGCAAGUUCACAACCAUUUUGGUUGACACAGGUGGACUGACCUAUGGCUAGUGAGUGACUGGAAGUUUGGAACUUAUGAUACAAAAGAUGCUGUUGUAGCUGGAGAUAAAUCUAAGGAGGUAAUGUUAAUAGAUUUUAUUUUUUAUCAGUCAUGCUGUCGAAUUUUAUCUAACGGAUUAUUUAGCUAUUUUUGUUGUUUGAAGAGUAGCUAAGCAUCAAAAUGCAGCAAGGUAGGGAUACCCUAUGUUUUACAUAGAUCAAUUUGAACAAUGACGAUACUAAAAACUAAAAAUUCUUAACCUUGGUACAAAUAGAUGUUUAAUACAAAGCAUUAAUAGCUGGGAUGCAAAGGUAUUUGUGCGGGGUCAAUUUGUCCCUCAUAGGCAUCCCUAGUGAGAUUUCAUGGCCUCUACAUGCAUGAUACAAAUAGUGUGAUUAUUUUCUCAAAUUUGAUGCAUUUCUUCAGCUUUGGAUGUUAAAUUUCCUUAUAAAGGAAUUUCUAGUAUCUCCUCCAAAUAAUUACAGAUGCUUAUCAUGUUCAGAUCCUUGUCCAUGUUGUCUCCGUUUGUUUUCUUAUUCUUUUCUUUUUCUUCUCUCUUUUUGUUUGUUUCCUUCUCUGUAUUCUCUGUUCUGCCUUGUGUUUUCAUGAGGUAGCUUUUAAUAUAUAUCUUUCUUACUUAUCAAAAAAAAAAGUUUUAUUGAUAAGAAAAGUAAAUGUGUUUUAAGAUAGUAAACCCACUGCACUUGAAACGGAUACAAUCAAAUCAAAAGGAAGAGCUAAUAGAAAUAAGGAAAUCAGACAUGGAAAUACAACGCGUAAAACCCCAAAUAUGAGGCUAAUCAAACCUAGUCCCAGCUAGCAAAGGCUUCAACAGAUCUACAGGUCUCUCAAUAUCUUCAAACGUUUGAGAAUUCUGUUCCUUCGAGAUUAACCACAUAAGACAAGCCAGUACCAUAUUCCAGCAUUUGAAGAAAAAUUCCCCAGCUAGGUAUAUGAAAUCUUUCCUUCACCCUGGAGCUAAUUGGCAUCUCUGUGGGAGCAUUUCACUGAAAUCUUCUUUAUUGUAGACAAAGAUGUAUUGUGCAGAUGAUGAUGAUGGUGAUUAACUGCAGUUACUUAAGUGAGAACAAGUACGAGGUUUUCAGUGCUACCAUUUUAACCUAGAAAGUUGCUUGCCGUCUCACAAAGUUCCUCAUCCACUUCUUGCUGAGUGUGAGCAGUGACCACUACAACCAUCCUUGAAAUGUGAUAGCUAAGAUGGUGGAAUUUUUGUUAUUUGCAUCGUUUUGUAGCGAAGUUAUUGUGGGAUAUUUGAUUUUCUUGCUCCCCUUGUUUUCAACAUACCAAGCAACCAAUAAGGCAUAUUUGUCACCCACUGAGCACAGAAUAGUUUUGGAUUGAAAUGUGUCGGAACAAGGAUGAGGUGUUCAAUGCUAGCCAUCUCAAAAUUCAAAAAGCACCCCUUUAACUUAGAAAGUUGCUCGCCAUUUCGAAAAGCUCCUCAUUCACUUCUUGCCAAGUUUGACCACUACAACCAUCCUUAAAAAAGGAAAAGGUUUUUUUU